AGAAUUGCGGAACGCGGGAACUUCACGGACGGAACGCUUUCGCUUUCCGAGACCCGAAGCUUCUGCCUUGUGUACUCGGGUAAAGUUCUGAUCGCCGCGCGGCCGCCUGAUUGCAGCGAGCGCCGCGUCGACAUUUUAAUCUAGUAUGGCGUCGCUAUUUCCGCGGCGUGCGCCGCUCCUUGCGGCGAUGCUACUAUUUGGCCAUCUUCUCGUAGUAACGCUGGUACUAGGAACCGGCGCUUCCGCAGCUGCCGCAACUCCCGCGCCGCUGGCGGCUUCCGCCCCCUCGACGACGGUUCCCCCGCCGGUGUGCCCGUUCACGAAGCAGCCGCCGAUCGCGCUGAAGAAUCCGCCGUUGCGGUGCCCCGCGGCGGCGGGCGCGUCGUGCUGCGAGGAGUGCGUGGACGUGGCGACCGCGCAGACGCUGGUCAACGCGGAUCUGAACGCGUUGCUGACCCAAAUCAACCCCUCGCUUAGCGGCGUCGUUGAGGCGGGCGUUAAGGUGUGCAGCUUAUUUGGAGACCAGCCGGAAUGCCCUUAUCUGGCCGAGGUUAUCGUUUGUGCUGCCAAGUGCAACCCGAAUUCGGGCAGCUAUGUGAAGACCGAUAAGCAAGGCGGGGCAGUCAUGUUAAUCUGCCCGGAACUUGCCAACCGCGUCUACAAUGCUUGCAAGGGCGUUAAACUGGGCACGUUUGUGCUGGGCGAAAUGAUAGGCGACGGGCAGGCGUUCAUCGAUACUGUGGUGGUGAACACUAUCAAGGUGUCAGGGCUGUCCAAUCUCAAUGUCACCAUCAGCAACUCUACGUCUUGCUUCGCGGGUGCUGCCUUCGCCAGUACAAGCCCGUGCGAUGCAUCAGUUGCCGUUCCGCCCCCUUGCGCUGCCCCUGGUGGUAGCACAAGCACCACGCCCCCACCGGCAGCUCCUCCCCCUCCGAAAUCUGCCCAUUCGGUGGCGGGAAGUGUGGUUGGCGCUGCUCUGAUUGGUCUAGUUGGCUUGUGCAUCUUGUUCUUGUAGCCCGCUGCAUGUGGCAGCGCAAGCAGCACAUCCCCACCUGCUCCUCCCCAACCAAAUGCUGCAAAUUCGGAGUGUGGUUGACGCUGCUCUGAUUGGUCUAGUUGGCUUGUGCUUCUUGUUCUUGUAGCCCGGCUCCUGUGCAUUGUUUGCGUUUUUUAUACUCUCAAAUUGAUGUAUGACAAACCUUUUAGCUGUUCGAUUUGAUACAAUCUAGGGAACUUUGUCAAACAUGUGUAGUUAUCAUGUU